CGGCUCUCGGAGCCGGCGCGAAUCCGGCUCCCGUUGUGGGACCCGGGCAGGUGUGGACAAGCCCCACUGGGCCGAAGUGGGCGGAGGAUGGGAACAUUCCCCCGGCGAUGUCUCUGGGCCGCCUCCUUCGCCGGGCCUCCUCCAAAGCCUCGGACCUCCUGACCCUCACCCCGGGUGGCGGCGCUGGACCCCCCUCCGUGCUGGAUGGGGAGAUCAUCUACUCCAAGAACAAUGUCUGCGUGCACCCGCCGGAGGGGCUGCAGGGGCUGGGGGAGCACCACCCAGGGUACCUGUGCUUGUACACAGAGAAGGAUGAGCUGCUGGGGGCCACCCUCAUCCUGGCGUGGGUCCCCAACUCUCGGAUCCAGAGGCAGGACGAGGAGGCGCUGCGUUACAUCACUCCCGAGAGCUCCCCGGUGCGCAAGGCACCCCGUCUGCGGGGCCGGCGUGUCCAGAGCUUGGGUGCCCCCCAUCAGGCCUCCCCCACGGAGCCGAGGCCCACCCUGAUCCCCAGAGACGAGGACAUCCUGGUGGUAGCGCAGAGCCUUCGGGACACUGUGCAUGUAAGCCCCUCACCUGAGGAUGGGGAGAAGCUGGCCCCUGGCCUGGGGAUGGACGGCCCCCUUCUGGGCCUGCAGCCAGCCCACAGCGACUCCGGGAUCUUGUCAACGGUCAGUUCGCAGGACGGGACUGAGGAGGGGCGGGAGCCCCGGCCCGAGGCCGGCGAGGAAGAGGGCUCCCUGGAGCUGUCGGCCGACGGCGUGAGCAGGGACAGCUCCUUCGACUCGGACUCGGAUGCCUUCUCCUCCCCUUUCUGCUUGUCGCCCGUCAGCGCUGCCCUGGCCGAGAACAGCAACUCCGUGUUCCUGGAGAGCGAGAACAGCUCCCCCUCCAGCGUCGAUGCCCACCUGCGGUUCCCGGACGGCAGCGGCCUCCUGCAGACCCCGCGCUGGGAUGAGCCGCAGAGGGCGCGUGCCCUGGAGCAGAUCUGCGGCGUGUUCCGCGUGGACCUGGGACACAUGCGCUCCCUGCGCCUUUUCUUCAGCGACGAGGCUUGUACCAGCGGCCAGCUGGUGGUCGCCAGCCGGGAGAGUCAGUACAAGGUCCUCCACUUCCACCACGGCGGCCUGGACAAGCUGGCGGACGUGCUUCAGCGGUGGCAGUACUGCGCCGAGACCCAGCUCAAGGACCAGCAGGUCGCCGACGAGAAGACGUGCAUGACGUUCUCCAUCCGGCGCCCCAAACUGCCGUCCUCCGAGACGCACCCCGAGGAGAGCAUGUACCGCAGGCUGGACGUGUCGGCCUGGCUGCGGCACCUGAACCCGCUGGGCCAGGUGGAGGAGGAGUACACGCUGCGCAAGGCCAUUUUCUUCGGCGGCAUUGAUGUGUCAAUCCGGGGCGAGGUCUGGCCCUUCCUGCUGCGCUACUACCGCGCCGAGUCCACGUCGGAGGAGCGGGAGGCGCUGCGGGCGCAGAAGCGGAAGGAAUACGCCGAGAUCCAGCGGAAACGGCUCUCCAUGACCCCCGAGGAGCACAGGGCGUUCUGGCGGAACGUGCAGUUCACCGUGGACAAGGAUGUGGUCCGGACGGAUCGGAGCAACCAGUUCUUCCGCGGCGAAGGCAAUCCCAACGUGGAGAGCAUGAGGAGGAUCCUGCUGAACUACGCGGUGUACAACCCGGCCGUCGGCUACUCCCAGGGCAUGUCCGACCUGGUGGCGCCCAUCCUGGCCGAGGUCCUGGAUGAAUCCGACACCUUCUGGUGUUUCGUGGGGUUGAUGCAGAACACGAUCUUCGUCAGCUCUCCUCGGGAUGAAGACAUGGAGAAGCAGCUGCUGUACCUGCGGGAGCUGCUGCGGCUGACGCACCCGCGCUUCCACCAGCACCUGGUGUCGCUGGGCGAGGACGGCCUGCAGGUGCUGUUCUGCCACCGCUGGCUGCUGCUGUGCUUCAAGCGGGAGUUCCCCGAGGCCGAGGCCCUGCGCAUCUGGGAGGCCUGCUGGGCACACUACCAGACGGAUUACUUCCACCUUUUCAUCUGCGUGGCCAUCGUGGCCAUCUAUGGGGAUGAUGUCAUUGAGCAGCAGCUGGCUACCGACCAGAUGCUCCUGCACUUUGGAAACUUGGCCAUGCACAUGAAUGGCGAGCUGGUCCUCAGGAAGGCGAGGAGUCUGCUCUAUCAGUUCCGCCUCUUGCCCCGGAUCCCCUGCAGCCUGCACGACCUGUGUAAGCUGUGUGGGAGCGGCAUGUGGGACAGCGGGUACAUGCCCGCCGUGGAGUGCACCGGCCGGCACCCGGGCUCGGAGAGCUGUCCCUACGGGGGCAUGGUGGAGACGCCUGUGCCCACACUCCCCCGAGAAUGCAAGAAAGGCCCCAAAAUGCCUCGGGAAGGCUUUGGUUUCCACAGAUAGGUUGGGCUCCCUGCGCUG